GCGGACUGAUCUGAUAAUCCAGCCUGUGGGAAAGUGAGAGAGAGAGCGACAGAGAGAGAGAGACAGACAGACUCCUCAGUUCUGUUCACUUGUGCAGUCACUCCACUGGUGUCAGGAGACUACGGACACCGAGACAUAGCCGGGAUGUCGUCCAGGAUUUCCUUCUCCCAGUACCGACUGGAGGCGGAGAUUGAGCGCUGCCGUGCCGAGUGCCAGUGGGACAAGAUCCCUCCUCUGCUGGAGCAGCUGGCAGCAGCUCGGCUGCAUGAACACGAUGACUAUGGGACACUGCUGUUGGCUGAGGCUCUGUUAGAGGAGUGUCUGCUGGAGAACUUGGCUUUACUGAAGAACUGCACACCCCUGUCUGAAAACAACCAGCCCAAACUAGCCAGGGCCAAAGCCCACCUCAACAGUAUCAUGAGCAAAGGACGCCUUGAGCCACGGUACCUGAACGAGGCUCUCCUCCUGUUGGCGAAAGUGCACUAUGUUCAGGGACGCUAUCGGGAUGCCCAGGGCAUGUGUGCUCGAGCUGGCAUCGAGGACUUCACACGCGAUGAGCAGCCCAUUUACCAUCUGCGCCUGCUGGCAGAGGCCUUCGUCAUCAAAGGUCUGUCUCUGGACCAUCAGACCAUGUCAGCUGCCUCCCGUGUUCGCCUUUCUGAGAGGGAAGAGGAGUGUUUGUCCUGUUAUCUCCGAGCCUGUGAUACAGCACUGCUCUACCUGCAAGAGCUGGACAAGACUGUUAGCACACCUAGUGCCAAGACAGCCAAAAGCAGUGUGUCAGCUCCUCCAGCAGAGAUGGAUCCAGGCUAUUUCCUGCAGGCAGCUCUCCAGAGUGCAUAUCUGUGCCUGCUGCACAAAGGUCACCUGGCUCAGGGAACUCACCAGUUGCGUCUGGUUCUGAGGGUGGUAGAGAGUCGUGGUUCUCAGAGCUUUCGAAAGGGAGUGUCGAGGAAGCUAGCAGAGGUCUUGCUAAGCUCCGUCAGUGAGGACAGUUAUUGGGGGCCACUUUCCCACCCACCCCCCGCCUGGCUGCACAUGGAGGGGGCUACCCAUCCAAAAGAUACCAUCUAUCCUUCCUCCAGACCACCGCAGCGCUACAACACAGAGGGAGCGUUCUGUCCUCAGGACGUGGUGGAAGAGGCUGUUCUCCUGCUGCUCAUCACCGAGUCAAUGGCUAGCGGAGAAGCAGUGAUCAGCCGCACGCCGGAGCACCAGGAGGCGCGGGAGGCCAGCAUGCAGGAGGCCUCCUCUGUGUAUGACCUGCUCAGCAUUGGCAUGGCCAGGAGAGGGCAGUAUGCCAUGCUUUCUCAGUGUUUGGAGCGGGCCAUGAAGUUCUCCUUUAAUGAGUUUCACCUCUGGUACCAGCUGGGUUUGUCCCUCAUGGCCAGUGGAAAGGCUGAGGGUGCAGUAUCUGUGUUUAAGGAGUGUGCCAAAAUGAAACCUCAGGACCCUACUCCACCACUGCUGGCAGCCAAAGUGUGCAUCAACCAGCUGCACUGGCUAGAGGAAGCUCAAGCUUUGGCACAAUCCGUGGUCGCUUUGGGGGAAGAAGCUGAAGAGUCUCUUGCUAAGGCCCACUUGGCAAUCGGCCUGUGCUGUAGUCUCCGGGCUUCAGACGCUACGCUGAAAGGUGACCGUGAUGAGUUUAACAGAAGAGCUUUACAGGCCCUGCAGAAAGCACAUGAAACAGACCCUCAGGACCCUCAGAUUGCCCUUUAUCUCUCUCUUCAGCUCGCCUUGGUGCGGCAGGUGUCAGCAGCAAUGGAGCCUCUGCAGUUGGCUCUGAGUCUGCACAGUGAUGAUCUGCACUCCUUGCACCUGCUGGCUCUCCUGCUCAGCGCCCAGAAACACCACCAGCACGCCCUUGACACCCUCAUAGUCGCCCUCAACCAGUUCCCCGACAACUUCAACCUACUCUUCACUAAAGUGAAACUGGAGGAGGCUCUUUAUGGACCUGCUGUAGCUCUUCAGACAUGUGAGGACAUGCUACAAUUGUGGCAAAGCCGCUAUGACUAUGCCCGGCCCAGUGAGCCUGAUGACACUAGCAGUAUUCCGCCCCCUGAGCCGAGCCCCAUAAGCAGAAAGUCCAGCGGCUUACACCUCACCCUGCCGGACUUCCAGGAAACGGAAACGGGUUCUCAGAGGUCUGCAUCUGUGGCUGUCUCUCGACUGGAGCAGGCCAUGUCUGAGGUGUCUGCCAUAAGCUCUACCCACAGGCAGGGGCCUGCAUAUGUUUGGACCACCCUGGAGCGCAUCUGGCUGGAGGCAGGUGAGCUGUUCAUGGCGGACGGACGGGUGAAGGAGGCACAGUUUUGUGUUCAGGAGGCAGGAGCGCUCUACCCCACCUCCCACUCAGUGCUGCUCCUGAAGGGCCAGCUGGCUGAGCUCAGAGGCAACGAUGUGGAGGCCAAGAGCCUGUAUGAUGAAGCUCUGGCCAUCAAUCCCACAGGACAGCAUAUAUUAAUACACCUUGGUAAGCUGUUGGUGCGGACAGGCCGGGCGGGUCUGGGAGAGAAGGUUUUGCGAGACGCCGUGCAGGCCCACAGCGUGUCCCACGAGGCGUGGAGCGGCCUGGGUGAGGCACUGCAGAGUCGGUCCAGCACUCAGGCGCCUGAUUGCUUCCUCACAGCGCUGGAGCUGGAAGCCAGCUGCCCCAUUAGGCCCUUCACCAUUAUCCCCAGAGAACUUUGAGAACACGCCCGAGGGACUUGCACACACAUUCAUACAUAUGCAGUGACACAUAAAUUCAACAAUGCGCAAAUGUGCACAUUUUAUGAAUGACAAACUUCAUCUCCAUUUUUUUCCAUGUCCUCAUUUCUUCAGAUUUUGAUUCUGAGCUCCAUUGUUCUGUUUAUUGUUUUAAAUUUACAUUUUAAGUAUUUAAAAUGAACUAUUCCAGAAGAACAAUCAUAGCUACUGUAAAAAAAACUGUAAAUUGCUUUUGCGUGGUAUUAUUGUUAUUCUGGUUAAAUCAAAUCUGUCUCCCUUGUGCUGAAACAGAUACUGCAUUUCAUAUAUUUAUAAUAUUUAUAAUGACACGUUUAUAUAUUUAUGACGCACAACACACUGCACAGAAAAUCUCUGAUGGCUUAAGCUGGCUGCAGAUGACUAGAAAGAUGCAUACCAAAGAAGAUAAAGUGUAACUGUACUUUAUCACUUAACACACAAGCAAUAACUCUACUGUGCUGAAUUGUAUCUUAGCUGUCUUAUGGGCAAAUCAUGAACAAUUAUUAGAUUACCUUGAUCUUCAAUCAUUUCAAAUGCUGUAUUCUGUUUUUUUUUUUUUCAUUUCAGGCUGCUUAUUUAAAUGCCAUUCCUUUUCAUAAAGAAUGAAUCCAAUGAUUCCAA